CUGUCUUCAUUGCAGUCAGCUGCUAAACAAUCCAAAGGUGUUCCAGCAAAUUCUCAUGUUAUGGGACUGCUAGAAGACAGACACGGAUAAGUUGGUUGCUGCUUCUCUUACUAGAAAGGAACUAUUUGUGCUCCCUAUAGAAAAAAAAUGGAAACAACUGGAAAGUAUGGCAGUUCUGGAUUUGUUAGAACUCGAAUUCCUAGACCUCAGAUUGUAUUGCAGCUACUCCAGCCCUCUGCCGUUUGCAGAAACUGUCCUUGCAAAAUGAGCCAUUUCUCUCGGAAGAGCUCCUUGGAGCUCCAGCAGUCGGAGUGCAGACAAUCUAGGGCAGACUCCUCUAGCAACUUAUCAAUGGAUACUUUUUGGCUUGAGGUGGAGAGCAUCAAAGAGAAUACUGAGUCGGAGCCAGAAGAGUGCAACCUUAUGGACGCCAAACCUCCAGAAGAAGGGGAAGCUGAAGCCGAAUGGCUGCAAGAUGCAGGGCUCUCAGACUUGAUUGGAGACUGUGCUGAGGAAAAUGGCAACAUCGUUUUGCUUUCUACUUUGACGAAGACUCAGGCUGCGGCUGUGCAACGACGGCUGGAUACUUAUACUCGUUCCCGAAGGAAGAAGAACAAGCAGCCAGUCCGGGAUGUCAGAGACAUUUUUGGUGUCGUUGGUUCUGGGACGGAACCUGAAAUGGAGUCACAGAUGGAUCGAUUACACUGCAAAUCAGCAUCAUCAAAUGGCAUUCAGAAAUCAGAUACAAAGGGGAUUCAAGAAUUUUCCUCACCCCUGAGAGGUUCUGUGAGAGAGGAAUUAUUCAACACUGAAAUUGCUUAUUCAGAGCAGGCUGCCAUCUUACUCAAAGGAUCCUUCCCAAGGGACUCCAGGAGGAUCAAGGAUGACAUUUGUUUCCCCAAAAUUAAGAUCCCCAAGGGCAGACUGGGAAUGACCAGGAUUGGAGAUUUAUCUCAACAGGACAUGAAGAAGAUCCCCACUCUGGCACUCAUUGAGCUGACUGCUCUUUGCGAUGUCCUUGGCUUAGAGCUGAAGAGAAACAAGUCGUUAAAGCGGAAGGCGGCAGAGCACAAGCUUUUUGGUGUCCCCCUUGGAACUUUGUUAGAAAAUGAUCAAAAGCUCCUACCGAAUACCAGAGUUCCACUGAUUCUGCAAGCGUUGCUGUCCUGUUUGGAAAAGAAAGGCCUGGACACAGAGGGAAUCCUUAGAGUCUCAGGAUCACAGUCCCGCAUUAAGAGUCUGGAACGAAAACUGGAAAGUGAAUUCUAUACAGGCUUCUUCCAGUGGGACAAUGUCCAUCAGAAUGAUGUGUCUGGCUUGCUCAAGAGGUUCAUCCGGGAACUCCCUUCUCCCCUGCUGACAGCAGAAUACUUGCCUGCCUUUGCAGCUGUGCAAAAUAUCCCAGACCUGAAACAAAGACUACAAGCUCUCAAUCUGCUCAUAUUGAUUUUGCCGGAACCAAAUCGAAACACAUUGAAGGCUCUGCUGGAGUUUCUGAGGCUGGUGGUUACCAGGGAAAGAAAAAACAAGAUGAAUCUCUGGAAUGUUUCCACAGUCAUUGCACCCAAUCUCUUCAUGCACAAAGGCUUGCCAAACAAGAUUCCAGAAGGGAAGGAAAAACAGCUGGCUGAGGGUGCGGCUGACAUUGUGCGAAUGAUGAUCCACUACCAGGAUUUGCUUUGGACUGUUCCAUCUUUCUUGGUAGCUCAAGUGAGAAAACUGAAUGAGAGCAGCAGUAGGAAGUAUCAAUUCUACGACAAAAGGAUCAAAAACUUGUUAAAGAAGAUCCAUGCAGAUAAGGAAAAGACAGAAAAGAACCAUGGUGAACCAUCUAAAAUAGUAAAAGUCCAGACCCCCUUGCUUCUAAAGGAUUCUCUAGAAGUUCACCUAACCAAUGGAAUCAAGGCUGCUGAUGUGUUGAGGCAGUUCCAGAAGAAUAUCUGUCAGAACGGCUGGAAUAUUGUCAACACGGUCCAUCUUAUAAAAAGUAAUGGUUCAGUAGAUUUAGUGAACCUGCUACUUUAUGAAGUUGGUGGCAACAUAAGUGAGCAUUGCCUGGACCCAGACACAUACCUCUUAGACUUGUACCAUGUAAAUCCUCAUGCAGAAUGGAUUAUAAGGCCAAACCCAUCUUUUCCAAGAAUGUUCUAGGAAGAUUGCUCAUAGGAAAACCCAACUAACUUGUUAAAUAAAUUGUCAGGAGAUGGGAUUUUCAAGCAUAAUCUGUGUCUCGGUAUUUUAUUAAUGAGUGAACAGACAAUGGAAGAAGAAACAGUUUGUUUUCAAUAUUCCUAUGGACAAAUUAACCAGUGGGAGUUCCACAGAAUAUAUAUAUGACUAUUAAUGAGAGUUGCCAGAAGACGAAAUACUAAAAGAAAGAACAAUUUCUGUCAAACUGGUAUUGAGCUUUCAUUCAUUUAUUGAAGAUGCCUAAAUUCUUCACACUGGAAGGAGGUGAAUCCAGAAUUGCAACUUGCUGCAGUUGAACAACUUUAUAAAAGGA